UGAACUUUAUCUUUCACCUGUAGGUUUCACUUUCCUGGGUUUGACAACAUUUUCUUUUUUUAAUUAAGUGGUUUCCUGUUCUUUAUUUUCUGGGUUGGGUUUAAACUUGUAUACUACGGGGGAUUUUGGUUUUCCUUGGACAAUUUGGCCAUUGGAAAGGUCAAAUCUGUGUUUGUGGUACUGGCUUUGGAAUAGGAAUUAGGUUUUUAGUUUUUUGCCAAAAAAAAAGUACUUAGUUGAAGCCAUAGGAAGAAAUGAGAAGUGGCAACAGAAAGAAGCUGAAUUUCAGCAAGAUCUACACAUUCAGAUGUGGGAAGGCAUCAUUUGAGGGAGACCAUUCACAGAUAGGGGGACCUGGGUUCUCAAGAGUGGUUUUUUGCAAUGAACCAGGUAGCUUCGAGGCUGAAAGUAGGAAUUAUGGGGAUAACUAUGUGAGUAGCACAAAGUAUACUAUAGCAACUUUCUUGCCCAAGUCCUUGUUUGAGCAGUUCAGGAGAGUUGCCAAUUUCUACUUCCUAGUCACCGGGAUCCUCGCCUUUACGCCACUCUCACCUUACACUGCUAGCAGUGCUAUUGUGCCUCUGAUUAUUGUGAUUGGGGCUACUAUGGUAAAAGAAGGUAUUGAGGAUUGGAGACGGCAACAACAGGAUACGGAGAUGAAUAACAGAAAAGUUGAAGUACACUGCGGUGAAGGAGUUUUUGAGCAGACUGAGUGGAAGAAUCUGAGAGUAGGAGAUAUAGUGAAGGUAGAAAAGGAUGAUUUCUUUCCAGCAGACCUUAUCUUGCUUUCAUCAAGUUAUGAUGAUGCAAUCUGUUAUGUGGAAACCAUGAACCUCGAUGGGGAGACAAAUUUGAAACUAAAACAAGCGUUAGAGGUAACUUCGCUUUUAAAUGAGGACUCUAACUUCAAGGAUUUCAAGGCCCUUGUUAAAUGCGAAGACCCGAAUGCAAAUUUGUACUCUUUCAUUGGAAGCAUGGAUUUUGAAGAAGAACAACAUCCCCUUACUCCUCAACAACUUCUCCUUCGAGAUUCCAAACUCCGCAACACUGACUUUAUAUAUGGGGCUGUUAUCUUCACAGGUCAUGACACAAAGGUUAUUCAAAACUCUACUGACCCCCCUUCAAAAAGAAGCAAAAUCGAGAGGAAAAUGGAUAAAAUCAUCUACUUCUUAUUCUGUCUAUUAUUUACGCUGGCUUUUAUUGGAUCAGUUAUCUUUGGCAUUACUACCAGAGAUGACUUAGAAGAUGGCAUUAUGAAAAGGUGGUAUUUAAGACCGGACAAAUCCACAAUAUACUAUGAUCCCAAAAGGGCCCCAGCCGCUGCAAUCUAUCACUUUUUAACGGCUGUGAUGUUGUACAGUUAUUUUAUCCCUAUAUCAUUGUAUGUGUCGAUAGAAAUUGUGAAAGUACUUCAGAGCAUGUUCAUCAAUAGAGAUAUUUCUAUGUACUAUGAAGAAACUGAUAAACCAGCACAUGCGCGCACCUCAAAUUUGAAUGAGGAACUUGGUCAAGUUGACACGAUUCUUUCUGAUAAGACGGGGACAUUGACUUGCAAUUCCAUGGAGUUCAUCAAGUUCUCUGUGGGUGGGACAGCUUAUGGCCAUGGUGUCACAGAAGUAGAGAGAGCCAUGGCUAGAAGAAAAGGCUCUCCGUUGCCUAAUGGAACGGAAAAUGGCGAAGAACCUCCUAAGGAUUCUGCUGGUACAAAAUCACUCAUUAAAGGGUUCAAUUUUGAGGAUGAAAGGAUUAUGAAUGGGAAUUGGGUUAAUCAACCCCAUGCGGAUGUGAUACACAAAUUUCUUCGUUUAUUAGCAAUUUGUCACACAGCCAUACCGGAAGUGGAUGAAGAUACCGGGAAGUUGUCUUAUGAAGCUGAGUCACCAGAUGAGGCAGCUUUUGUUAUUGCAGCAAGAGAACUUGGGUUUGAAUUUCAUAAAAGGACGCAAACAAGCGUCUCAUUGCAUGAGUUGGACCCCAUAUCUGGCGAAAAAGUUGAAAGGUUGUAUAAACUUCUGAAUGUCUUAGAAUUUAACAGCACAAGAAAGCGGAUGUCUGUGAUAGUAAGAAACGAGGAGGGAAAGCUGUUGUUACUAUGCAAAGGUGCAGACAGUGUCAUGUUCGAAAGGCUUGCCAAAAAUGGAAGAGAGUUUGAAGAGGAAACAAAAGCACAUGUGAAUGACUACGCUGAUGCAGGUUUGAGGACCUUGAUACUUGCAUAUCGUGAACUAGAUGAGGAAGAGUACAAAAAGUUCAAUGAAAAGUUCACAGAGGCCAAGAAUUCCGUCAGUGCGGAUCGUGAUGCUUUGAUUGAUGAAGUGACAGAUGACAUUGAGAAGGAUCUUACUCUUCUUGGUGCAACAGCAGUUGAGGACAAACUCCAAAAUGGGGUUCCUGAGUGCAUUGACAAGCUUGCUCAAGCAGGAAUUAAACUAUGGGUUCUGACAGGAGAUAAGAUGGAGACUGCCAUUAAUAUCGGGUUUGCUUCUAGUUUGCUUAGACAAGGAAUGAAGCAGAUAAUAAUAAACUUGGAAACACCAGAAAUCAUAGCACUAGAGAAAGAAGGAGAAAAGGAUUCCAUUGCUAAGGCUUCCAAGGAUAGUGUCCUCACCCAGAUAACAGAAGGGAAGGCUCAGCUUGCUCCGUCAAGUGGAAGCUCUGACGCAUUUGCUUUGAUCAUUGAUGGGAAGUCAUUGGUUUAUGCUCUAGAGGAUGAGAUGAAAAAAUUGUUUUUAGAACUUGCCAUGGGCUGCGCAUCUGUUAUUUGCUGCCGUUCAUCACCAAAACAGAAGGCACUGGUUACGAGACUUGUUAAAGAGGGAACUGGGAAGACAACAUUAGCAAUUGGUGAUGGGGCCAAUGAUGUUGGAAUGCUCCAAGAAGCUGAUAUUGGCAUUGGAAUCAGUGGCGUUGAAGGAAUGCAGGCUGUUAUGUCCAGUGAUGUUGCUAUUGCCCAGUUCAGAUUCCUGGAGCGAUUGCUACUGGUGCAUGGACAUUGGUGUUACAGAAGGAUCUCUUCAAUGAUAUGCUACUUCUUCUAUAAGAAUGUCGUAUUUGGUAUCACUCUCUUCCUGUAUGAGGCACAAACAUCCUUCUCCGGGCAACCCGCAUACAACGAUUGGUUUUUGUCUCUGUACAAUGUAUUCUUCACAUCACUUCCCGCUAUUGCUUUGGGGGUCUUUGACCAGGACGUAUCAGCACGCUUUUGUCUCAGGUUCCCAUUGCUCUACCAAGAAGGCGUCCAAAACGUCCUCUUCAGCUGGCGCCGUAUCCUUGGCUGGAUGUUCAACGGCCUCUGCACCGCGCUCAUCAUCUUCUUCCUCUGCACGGCAGCACUAGACCCCCAAGCCUUCAACCGCAACGGAAAAGUCGCUGGUCUGGAAAUUGUGGGGGCCACAAUGUACACAUGCGUCGUCUGGGUUGUGAACUGCCAGAUGGCACUAGCCAUCAGUUACUUCACAUUGAUCCAACACAUCUUCAUAUGGGGUGGAAUAGCCCUAUGGUACCUCUUCCUCUUAGCAUAUGGAGCCAUGUCACCUACCCAUUCCACCACUGCUUAUAAAGUUUUUGUUGAGUGCCUCGCCCCAGCACCCUCUUUCUGGAUUGUCACGAUUUUCAUCGUGGUUUCAGCUCUGAUCCCAUACUUCUCUUACGCGGCAAUACAAAUGCGGUUCUUCCCUAUGUACCACGGGAUGAUACAGUGGAUGAGGUUCGAGGGCCAAACGGAGGACCCGGAGUACUGUAACAUGGUACGGCAGAGAUCGCUACGGACCCUGACAGUUGGGACUACUGCGCGAAGAGCCGCGAGAGAUAAUAAUCGUGCCAACGGCCACUGAUGAUAUGUGUGGAUACAUGUCUAUGCAUACAUGUGUGUUGUACAUGACUGAACUGGUGGGAGGUCUGAGACAAUGUGAUGAGAAAGUAUGUCCGGCACAAGCAUGUACAGAAGCAUACUUUCAGCUGUACAUUAUGGUUGGAUAAGAAGAGAAGACCGAAGCCGCUACACCCCCCACCCCAAUUUUGAUUCUUGCCCUUAUAUGGGUAAUGAUGUAUCAUAGUUUUGUCAUCAGUGUUUUGUAUAACUACCGGUAUUUACCUCAUGUAUAGUGAGAAAUUUCUUGUACAUUAUAUGCGGUUGUUCUUUUGGUGUAGAGAAAUUUGCCUAAUCCUGCACCUUAUUUUCUCGAUUUUCUUU